AUGUCCUCCAACGUCGCCCGGUCCGGCAUCACCACCGAUGCCCGAACCGGCGAACGAUACAUUCCCUCUUCAGUCCGUGCCGACGGCUCUAGGCGCAAGGAGAUCCGUGAUGUCGAACUCUACAAGAACCGGGCAGCGGCAGCAUGGAAGACCCGCGCAAAAGGCGGGGUGCCAGGUGCGGAAACAUUAAGCAGCGAAGACGACAAGACCAAGACCACAACGAUACCUACAACUACCACCGCUACUCCCGCCAGUAAUAAGAACGCCAAACGCCGCGAGGCCAGGCGAAAUGCCAAGGAAACCGACGAAGCCGGUCCCACCACCGAGGGCAAGGGCGCGCAUUCAAACAAUUGGCGUGUCCCCGCACCCACACCUAAGAAGCAAGAACAGCCCGCCGAGGAGCCUGUCGAUCUCGAGGCGGAGAAGGAGAAAAAAGCCCGCAACCUGAAGAAGAAGCUCCGCCAGGCGCGGGAUCUUCGCGAUAAGAAGCAGCAGGGAGAGGCGCUGUUGCCCGAACAGUUGGAGAAAGUCAUUAAGAUUCAGGAACUUGUCCGGCAGCUGGAUGUGUUGGGCUUUGAUUCCAAUGGGGACAAGAAAAAUGGUGACAGUAAUGAGAAUGCUUGA